CUGACGGUCUUGAUCAAACCUCUUCUGUCAGAUUUGAUCGUUCACUCCGAGGUUCUCAACCAGAGGAGACCAGACACCCACAGGAAUGAAUGGCAGGUUUAUGAAGCUGUGAUUGGUCAGAUGGAUGAACCGAUUCAAGUGACGCUGCUCUACACUUCCUCUGUGGGUGAAGGAGAAGCCACUGUGGCUCUGGACUCUCUGGAUUUCAUCAACUGUGGCUCAAGUGAUGAGGCCCUGGACCUGAACCUCAUGUGUGGAAAAUCUUUCCACUGCGUGAACUCGGACGUUUGCAUCGAUCAGAGCCAAGUGUGUAACUUCCACACCGACUGUCCGCUAGGAGAAGACGAGGGGUUGAUCUGCGACGCUCUUCCCUUUGGCUCGUACUGCUCGUUUGAGUCGGAUUCAUGCGGUUGGGCCGGGUCCAGUCAGCACUCGGGAUGGAGGAGAGUCGCUGGAGAUGAGCUUCUGCAGAAACAAGACAUGCAGGGCGUCACUCUUCAGCGCACACCAGGACACUUCUUGUACCUGCAGGUUAAAGGGAGCAGUCCCCUUAAAGAAGCGUCGUUUCACAGCUCCUUCUUCCCUCCGCCGAUCUCUACUUCUGCAUGCCAGAUGCGUUUCUCUCUCUACUUGUACGGGUUGUUUAACGGCUCGUUGCAAGUUGCCAUUGAGGAAAACGGGACCGGCUAUACGCCUCUCAUCUGGGAGACACAAGGCCAGUCGAUGGACGACUGGAAAGCAGUUGCACUGGAAGUGACUGACCUCAGUCAUGGGUUCCACGUCCACGUCAAAGCCGCGUGGGGACGAAACUCCAACGCUGACCUCGCGUUUGAUAACAUCGCCAUCGGCGCGGCCUGCUUCGAAACAGAUCUCAACUCGCUGCAGCAAAUUGACUUCGAUUUCCUGAGUCCGCUUCCUGAGCCGUCGGUCACAGAAGUCUCUCUGAUGACGUGGUGGUUUAACUCGUGCGGUGCCAGCGGCCCCCACGGCCCGACCCAAGCCCAGUGCGACAGCACCUACAGGAACAAAAACGUCAGCGUCACUGUGGGGAAGGAGGGCCCCCUGAAAGGAGUCCAGAUGUGGAGGGUUCCUGCUACCAAUCGAUACCAUAUCUCAGCAUAUGGCGCUGCAGGCGGAAAAGGAGCCAAAAACCACAACAAACGAAACCACGGGGUGUUUAUCUCCGCCAUAUUUCCCCUGGAAAAAGGAGAAGUACUUCACAUUUUGGUGGGACACCAGGGAGAGGACGCCUGCCCCGGGAGAAAUCCACUUACACAGAAAAUAUGUCUGGGAGAGUCGUCUGUCAUCGAAGACAACCGCAGAUCUGAGACAGGCACGGAGCGUGCAGGUGGAGGCGGCGGCGGCGGAGGAGCCACCUACAUCUUCAAGAUGGAGGGUGGUGAGCUGGUUCCUUUGCUGAUUGCAGCUGGUGGGGGAGGAAACGCCUACCUGGAGGACCCGGAGUCCAGUCUGGACCAGAUGCCUCCAGAGCAGUUUGAGAACAGCACCGCGGCCCGCGGCACCAACGGUCAGACUGGAGCAGCAGGUGGAGGAGGUGGUUGGAAGGACACCCCCAGUCUUCAUCAGAGCGCCGGCAGAUCACUGGUGGAAGGAGCAGUGGGCGGGACUUCCUGUCCGCUGGCUCUGUCAAAGCUCAGCUGGUCAACAUAUGGUGGGUUUGGAGGAGGAGGAGGAGCCUGCACAGCAGGAGGCGGCGGCGGCGGAUACAGAGGAGGCGACGCUGCGCUGACAGAUGAAAUCACCGCCGACGGCCAGAACGGCGUUUCCUUCAUUCAUCCGAUGGGAGAGAUUUUCUUACAACCUCUGGCAGCCAUGGAGGGUCACGGUGAGUGUGAGAUCAAGGUGGAGCUGAACUGCAGCCAUUGUCGGACGCAGAGCUGCAAACGGGAAGAGGACACUCACCUCGUCAUCUGUCUCUGCGACGACGAUGAAAUCCUGGCCAGCGACAACGUAACGUGUGUUAGUGCGGCAGGGCAGCUGCCCAUGUCGCUGAUCCUGGCCGUCGUCGCCUCCAUCGUCGUCAGCGGCGUCGCUUUGGUCUGCGCCAGCGUCAUCCUCAUGUGGUACCGCAGGAAGAACGACCUGCACGCAGUACGACGGCGUCUGCAGAGCCCAGAGUACAAGCUGAGCAAGAUCCGCUCCUCCACCAUCAUGACCGACUACAACCCCAACUACUGCUUCGCAGGCAAGGCCGCGUCGCUCAGCGACCUGAAGGAGGUUCCACGCAAGAACAUCACCCUGCUCAGGGCUCUCGGCCACGGCGCCUUCGGUGAAGUCUACGAGGGACAAAUUCUGGGAUUGAGCGCCGACGGCAGCCCCAUGCAGGUGGCAAUAAAGACGCUUCCAGAGAUCUGCUCCGAGCAGGACGAAAUGGACUUCCUGAUGGAGGCUCUGAUUAUGAGUAAGUUCAGCCACCUGAACAUCGUGCGCUGCGUCGGCGUCAGUCUAAACAUCCUGCCUCGCUUCAUUCUGCUGGAGCUGAUGACCGGCGGAGACAUGAAAAGCUUCCUGAGGCAGAACAGGCCGCGAGCGGGCCAGACCUUUUCUCUCACCAUGCGGGAUCUGCUGCAGAUGGCCAGAGACAUCGCCUGCGGCUGUCGGUACCUGGAGGAGAACCAGUUCAUCCACAGAGACAUCGCUGCCAGGAAUUGCCUGCUUACCUGCGCCGGACCAGACAGAGUGGCUAAGAUCGGAGACUUCGGCAUGGCCCGAGACAUUUACAGGGCGAGUUACUACAGGAAAGGCGGCCGAGCCAUGCUGCCAGUCAAAUGGAUGCCACCAGAGGCCUUCAUGGAGGGAAUCUUCACCUGCAAGACCGACACCUGGUCAUUCGGAGUACUGCUCUGGGAAAUCCUGUCUCUGGGCUACAUGCCUUACCCCUGUAAAACCAACCAGGAGGUUCUGGAGUUUGUCACCAGCGGAGGCAGAAUGGAUCCACCAAAGGGCUGUCCAGGCCCUGUCUACCGGCUGAUGACCCAGUGUUGGCAGCACUGUCCGGAUCACCGGCCCAAUUUCGCCACAAUCCUGGAGAGAAUUAACUACUGCACUCAGGACCCUGAUGUGGUAAAUACCCUUCUGCCUGUUGAAUAUGGCCCCAACACAGAGGAUGAUGGCGGAACGAUGAUGCGUCCCACUGCCCCCAACUCCACCAGUCUCACACCUUUACUGGUGUCCCGCCCUGUUUGCAAGGACUCACCCUCCCAGCUCGGUUUCUCCCCCAAGGGCUUCAGUCCCCCAGUCCCUCCACCGCAGCCCACCAAACCUCGCCUUCUGCUACAGAGAACCCAACCGGUCCACCAGGAAGUGACGUCCUGCUGUGAAAUGCUGGAGCCGUCCUGGGCUGAGACUGUUCCUGCUCCUGGUUUGUCAUCCGUAGCAAACUCUCUGCAUCCGGAACUUCCUCAUCACCGGCCCUGCUCCAGAAACAGCUCCUCUUCGGGGAGCCAGAGGCUGAAAAACAAGACCAAAAACCUCUGGAACCCAACAUACGGCUCCUGGGUCCUCGAAAGCUUCCGGGCGAAGAAGACGCUGGCUCACACUCAGUCCAUGCCGCUCUCUUGCAACUCGACUGAGGAGAACAACAAAGCUGUUUGCGAUGGAACCAGCAGCACCUACCUCAGCCCAGCUUGCCAGGUCCAAGCUGCCCCAACCGCGUCCGCCCACAAGGCCUUGACAGGAGGCAGCUCCAAAGCUGGGAUGGACCUGGCUAAACUCCACAGCUUCCCCUGCGGGAACGUCAACUUUGCCUAUGAUGAGCAGAGCUACGAGGCGGAGAGCCUGCCGCUGGUGAAGCCCAAAGCCUCAGAAGCCAUCACAUGCAGCAUCGGCCCGCCAAGCAUCUCAGCGGGAACCAGCCUGGGUCUGGCGCUGGGAUUCAGCACCGCCUCAGCCUGUAUGCCCAAACUUCUGCUGAAACGCCAUGCCAGCUACGGACACGAGGACGUCAGAAGGCACGCCAAAACAGAGAAGCUCAGCCGCGACCGGGACUCUGGCUUUUCUCUGUCCGAGGACCUGAGCGUCGCUCACAUCUAGAAGUCAGCAUGUGGCAACAGAGACUUUGAAUCUGAUCAAAUCCAUCAGCUGGACGAUGAGCUCUGCAAAGAUCAAACGAAUGCAGCUGCUGAUAUGCUGGAAAUCCCAAUGAAAUGCUGACAUUCACACAAACACGUCACUGUACCUUAAAGGUGACCUAUUAUGCUUCCAUGAACAGAAUAGGAUUGGUCUAUGGCCUAUACAAAACCUGUUCAUUACAUUUAUUGCACCAAAUCAGUCUUAGAUUCUUAGAAUGAUAUGAAAAUGGCUGCAAACAGAUGCACAAUUACACAACCAUACAUCUUUGAAAAGCAGAAGUGGAGCUUCCUGCACA